UACAAUCUUAGCGGCUCUGCGUGGCGUCGCCAACUGCUGGGAGCUAAUUGUUUACCUUCCAGGGGCCGCCACCAACUCUCCAACCCAUCGUGCACACCCCAUCACAGCCAAGUCCCAGCUCUGGAUUGUUUGGUUGCGACAGCUUUGAGUUCACACUGGUCAUGGUUGGCUCUGUGCUUCGGAUCCACUAAGUUCUCCGUACUCAGUGCCAGACUCAAAAAUACGAAACUCGACUGCUAUGGACCUCAACCGUUCAAGCGGGAUUCCACGCCCGGUUUCUAGAAUUCCUCUACCGACCAGCACAAGAACAAGGUCUAUUAUUAGGCCCUCUCCGUCACGAGAAAGACUUCAGGCCGAUUCGGGCGUUGAUAUCCAUCGAUUACGUCGUCCAUCCCAAGAAGCCUUGCGUCGAAAAUCCUCCGCACAAUAUAUCGGACGCCGCGAGUCCGUGCCGGCACUGGAAAGCUUCACUGAAAGCUCCGAGUCACCGGUUGAUAGCGAUGGCGGGCUCACCGAUGACCAUAAUGAGAGGCAGACGCCUUCUCGACCGUCGCUUUCUGAUCGCACCGUCGAGACGUUGUCGCGGAUCCCUCCUUCUCCCUCUCCUAGGAGUCGAAGAUCUUCCUUCUUUCCACCGGAUAAUAUAAUGGGUCCUCCUCUGCGGUCCGCCUCAUCCAUGAAUGACUGUUCCCGGUCGCCGUCGAGAUCAUCGCAGCAUAAUGGCUCUGACGAUGUGGUUGUGCCGCAGCCUACAUUUGCUAGGCGUGCAUCCUCGAGACACUCGUUGAUGGCCAGCAAAAGCCGGGAUACAAUGUCGCAACGUAUUUCAGAUAAAGCUGGUGAUAAGCUAUCAGUUCCAAACAAGUCUCUUCCUAGACAGAGUUUCGGGUUGGAGAAGAGGAGAUCGAUUGUCGGACUUGCAUCCUCGAAGCAUGCAGAGACCUUGCCCCUGAGAUCAGCGACUGUAAAUGAGGAAAAAGGGUUGGUUACGAAGAUAAAGUCACGUCCAUCUCUCAGCUCGGCAUUUGUUAAACCAAUGCCUAAUGAGGUCAGCCAUUCACCAAUCUCAGUUAAGAAGACUAGAAAACCCUCGUCGAACUUAUCCUCGAAUGUUACAUCACCGUCAUCAACGGUGUCUAAGGCCUCUUCGCUGAGCUCUGAUCCUGCUACGAUUGACCCCGGUAUGGAAGUGCGGAAGGCGUCCAAGUCGUCAAACGCAUUGCGGGAGAGUAUUGCCAAGGCAAAGGCUGCAAGAAAGGCCUCGAGGCAAAGCAAUGUCAAUUCCGGUACCAUUGACGGAUGGGAUGGUGUUGACACACAAGAUCCGUUUAACCAGCUUCCUAAAGGUUCUAAUGACUUGCUACUUCAAAAACGAGUGGAAGCUGCUAGGACGUCGGGCUCUCUUAACAUUGCAGCACUGGGCUUGUCUGGCAUACCAGACGAAGUAAUGACUAUGUAUGACUAUGACCCAAACUCCGGUUCCGAGUGGUAUGAAAGUGUCGAUUUAGUCAAAUUUAUUGCAGCAGACAAUGAAUUAGUUAAGUUGCCAGAAGAGGCCUUUCCUGAUAUCGAUCCACAAGAUUUCGACAUGGAUGACGACAGCAAGGGAAACCAAUUUGGAGGAUUGGAAGUUUUGGAUCUUCAUGGCAAUGUUCUUCAGUCUUUACCUAUAGGGAUGAGGAGAUUACAGCGUUUGACUUCCUUGAAUCUAUCAAGCAAUCAGUUGAAGAUGGAGGAUAUUGAAAUGAUUGCGGAAAUCAAACAACUCGCCGAUCUGAAGCUAGCCAAUAACAAAUUGGACGGUCCGCUACCAGCUAUUAUGGGACAGCUUGAAAAUCUUGAAGUAUUGGAUUUACACGAGAAUCACAUCACUAUUCUGCCCGAUUCGUUGUCUGGACUAAAGAGUUUAAAAAAACUGAAUGUUGCUGAUAAUGACUUGGCGACGCUGCCAUUCGAAUAUUUGAAAAAUCUCCCUAUAAUAGAGCUAAAUGCUGCUCGCAACAAACUUCAAGGCGCAUUGAUUAGGUCGACAUUGAAUGGUUUCGAGAGCUUGCAAUUGUUGAAUGUUGCUUAUAACUCCCUGGAAAGUUUGUCAAAUAGCCCAUCGUUCGACUUUCCAAACCUACAAGUUUUGUUGGUCGAUGCAAAUCGUCUCAAGUCUCUUCCCACUCUGUCCGUAUGUCGAUCACUUUUAAGGAUUUCAGCAGAAGGAAACAGGAUCUCAGUGCUACCCGAUGGAUUUCUUGAACUUGAGAGUCUCAAACACGUGGACUUGACGGCCAAUGAUUUGAGCAAGCUGGAUGAACGCGUCGGUUUGAUGCAUAACUUGAUCAGCUUCCGCAUUGCGAACAAUCCAUUGAGAGAAAGAAAAUUCUUGACUAUGGACACUGAAGAUCUCAAGAACGACUUGCGUACUCGCUGUGCCCCGUCAUUGUUGAAUGGCCACGCCAAGUCACCAGAGACUGGCAACGAACACGGUGAAUACGGCUAUGCUGAGGAUGAUGAGGAAGGCUCGGUAGCAACAGAGUUCACAUUGGCACCGGAAAGUCCAAGUCACCUCAAUCGUUGGAGAGUCAAAUCUGGAGGUAUCCUCGAUCGAUCUGCAACCGAAAUGACAGAUUUGGAUGUUGCAGAGCUGAGGCCAUUGCUCUCCUCCCAUGACAUCAAGUGCCUAUAUAUCCAGCGCAACAAAUUACAAGCUUUCCCAUGCCCUGCACUGAAUCUCAUCUCAAGUACUUUAGUUGAUUUAGAUUUAUCAAAAAAUCCGCUACAAACUAGUGACCUCUUCUCCGAGGCGUUGAAUCUCCCUCAACUACAAAGCUUGACAUUGAAUGGCUGUGGUCUUACGGAUGUCGAACCGCUGUUCCAUCGCUGCGAUGCACCUGCACUUAAAUUCCUCGACAUAUCCAACAAUCGCCUUUCGGGUCCUCUUCCUUUUGCUCGACAACAUUUCCAAAAUCUAAUCACUUUCCUCGCAGCUGAUAAUCAGAUUACCGGCCUCGAGUUUGAACAUGUACGAGGCCUUCAGGUCCUCGAUGUUAGUAAUAACAACAUUGACUUUCUUCCGCCGAGAAUUGGUUUGCUGGGAGGCGACAGAUCUAUCUUGAAACGAUUCGAAGUCGCCGGAAAUACCUUCCGCGUCCCUCGCUGGCCGAUUGUCCAGAAGGGAACAGAAGCUGUGUUGGAGUGGCUGAAGGGCAAAAUACCAGCAGAUGAACUAAAUGACUGGGAGAUUGGCAAUGGUUCGUCUGAGGUUUGAGACAGAUUCGAAGUUACUAGAAGAAUAUGUAUAAUUAUUAAUGUCGCAUCAAUAUUACUCUAAAAUAAAACACA